GCGCGUCAGUCAAUCACAAGCGUAAUGAUAAAAUGGUGUCUCGUUUCUACGUGCAGUUUACACAAAAUUUAAUUAGUUUCUUGUACAUAAUCAGUAUUAGAAAUAACAAUAAGUAAUGAUAAAUUGAAAUAGAUGUGAUAUCCGCUGUAGUAUAAUCCGCAAGAGUGAGAAAAACGGUGAAAAUCGAAUAGUGAUUGGAUUGGAACGUCUAAAAACGAUCAACGGUGUUCAUGCUCCAUGGUAAGUUCGUUUGUUUUUGAUAGUUGAUUAGACAUCUUAGCAUGCCCUGGUUUAUGAGAAAAAUCUUUGUGAAAUUUUCAAUAACAUGUCGUGUAGGUGAAAUUAUCGAUAUUGAAAACCCUUUGCCAUUAUUGGCUAUACGAAAAUCAACAUUUCUUCUUGAGAUAUCACCUGAUUGGUUGUGUUUCCACAACUAAAUACCGAACUGUAUUAUUCUAACCAAUUAUUAAGUAGUCUCUUUUCACUCAUUACGUUAAGUGUAAAGUGCUUGUGUAUUUAUAAGCGUCCUGAAAAUACUCCAGGAUUGUGUAAAAAUGGAAAUCGAGCGGAGAUGCUCUAGUGCGAUGAGCAACGACGCAGGCCCGAAGCUAUGCGACGGCGCGUAAGGCGAUGGACUCCUACGACCUGUUCGGCGAAGAUGGCGGCGGCAUGCUGGAGGGGCUGCCCGACCUGGGCGGCGGGACGGGCGGCGGUGGAGCGGGCGGGGCGGGGCAGGCCGGCGGCGGCGCCUUCGACGCGGCGGUGACGGGCGGCGGGGCGGGCAGGGGCGCGCCCUACGCGCAGCAGCAGCACACGCAGCCUUCGGGCUACCCGCAAGACUCCCCCCUCCAGAAACUGUCGACCUUCGGGGGAGGCGGCGGCGCGCCUGACUUCGGCCACAUGGAUGCAAGUGCGCUCGCCGCCGCCCAGAGCGCGUACGCGCAGGGUUACGGCGCGGGGGGUGGUCCGGGGGCGGGGCCUGAUCGGCCGAUGGGCCCGCCUCCCGGCGCCGCCUACCAGCACCAGCGCCAGAUGAGCAGGGCGGGGCCGGGGGCGGGGCCCGGCGCUGGCGGGGGGUAUCCCUAUCAGACGGACAAUAUGUACUCGAUGCCGGACGUGCAGGUAAGCAGUAUGGGCGAUACUAGCAACAUGCAAGCUGCCGCAGCAGCCGCCGGCUGGAGCCAGCACGCUGCUGCAGCCGCUGCGGCCGGAUAUCCCGGAAUGCACAGGUACACCCAAAUGAACCAGUAUCGCCAGCAAACGAUGGCCGGCUAUCCCCACCAGCAGGAACCGAAACAGCAAUUUGCAGCCGGCCAGCACCCAAUGAUGCAGCAACCGCACCAGUCCGCCUAUCAGAUGCAACAAAGACACGCCCCGCACUACCCACAACCCUCAUCGGGUUACCCCACGUCUGCCGCCAGCCAGAGCUAUGCGGGCUACAUGCACCAGAGGCUGCCACACCACCACCAAUACCCGCAGUCCCACCAUCAGAUGGACAUGUCCUCUGUCUCGCAGAGCCAACAGUACGCUCAGAUGAGCCACAGUCAGGGCUUGUCUCACGCCGCUGGGCCCACCGUCAGUCACAUGGGACAGACUCCCCAUUCAGUGGGCCACGCCUCUGCACAAAGCCACGUCAGUGCCCCACAACCGAACCCGCAGGCUCCUAGUCCGAUGGGCCAUCCCGGUUACGGUCAGAGCCAUCAGGCCAUGCAGUCGAUGCAGCGGCCGAUGGAAGUGCCGCCGUCCAGUCAACAGCAGUUCCAGGCGAAGCACUCUGCCGGACCGAUGGGAAACGUCAGUCCCCAGUAUCGGGCGCCUUUUCCGCAGUUGUCGCCUCAGAUGUCUCCUAGACCGCAAAUGUCGCCGAGGCCCCCUCCGACUUCGUCGCAAAUGUCGCCACGGCCGGUCAUGUCGCCGGCCAAACCGAAUAUGUCCCCGCAUCCUCCCAGCACCCAGAGUAACCUGAGUCCCAGGCCUGCUAGCAGUCUAACGCCGAAGGUGACUGCGGUUUCUCCAGCUCCAAUGCCUCCUUAUUCGCAACAAAGUACGUUGCAGGCCCUCGAACAGAUGGUGAUGCCGCCAUCGAGCAACAAUCCCACAGAGUAUCCGCCCUAUCAACCGAGAAAUUCCUUGGGCCCGCCUCCUGGGCCUCAAAAUCCGCUGAGUCCUGCGAUGGGAAUGAGGACCUUGAUGGCCGCCGAGCAGCAGUGGCCUCCUGUGCAGUCGAGGCAAUCCUCGCAUUUGCCCAGCUUGAACGGUGGGCCGAUGGGAAUGAUGGAGCAGAAUUCAAUUCCUACCAGUCAAUCGAUUCCGCCGACUCAAUCUCUACCUCCAUCCAGUUUAGCGAAUACCCAAAUGUCUCCAGCGCCUAGUUUGAAUGUGGGUUUCGGUAAUGACGAUCUGAGGAGUGAUAUUAGCAAAACUGGUACUCCUUUGCCGGAUAUGCUGGCCAGAGAGAAAGAAUCGUCUGCUUCUCAAGGUGUGCCGGUCAGUAGCCAGAGCAGUUUUACUUCGGUUCCUUCGCCAACAACUAGUAUACCUGAUAAGAUGCCGAGUAGCACCACAAACACUGAAAUGAUGAUACCAACAUCGGCACCUUCGGUAUCCUCUCACCCGCCAACCCCUACACCUACUUCUACGACCGACGACAAUAUUACAAAUACCCAAGAGGCUAGUCUUCCUUCCAACAGUGAUUCUGUGAAACAGAUUGACGAGUUGAGCAACACUAGUUCCACGUCUCAGCAACAGACACCGAGUCAAAGUAGCACAACGAAUAAUUUCACCGAUUUUAACUGCGUUUCAAGUAUGACGGGCUAUACGAGUCAGCCUAGUACACCUAAAACUAAUAAGAUGGACGAUCUGGUACAAUCGAAUGUUUCCAUGUUUAGUCAAGACAACUCGGUUUCUCAAGAAUCUCUACCAGAAUCCAAUAAAUCUGAGCACAGUUCAAUACAUUCACCGAGGCUCCAAUCACCUAUGAGUCAGAAUUCUAUGCCAUUGCCAUCCAACAUAAUGAGUAACCAAAGAGAUAAUCGGACUCCUUCAUAUGGCAUGAAUCCAAAUGUUUCUUCACCAUCACCUACUCAGUCCCACUCUAUGUUGAGUUCUAAUAGGCAAUCGCCAAUUUCACUUGGCCACAACGUAACUCCCAGUCAAGUACCGACGUCACAAAUGCUACCUAAUAUAUCCCAACAUUUAAGUAAUAUCCAGCAACAAAACCUACAGGGAGCUCAGCAGACUAAUAAUGCCAAUCAACAAAACCUUCAACUAGCACCUAGUAAUAUAGGGCAACAAAACCAGAUGAGUAAUUCUGGCAGGAAUAGUCCCAACAGUAAAAGUAGCAUAUCUAGUCCUCCACCAGUUACAUCCAUGCAAAAUAUUAUUUCCGGUAUGUCGAGCCACAGUAAUUUACCGAGAAUACCUAGUCCGAGGAACGUGUCUAGUAUGAUAACUUCCCCAGGAACAAACCCAUCAGGACAGAUCCAUAUACCGGGGAUUGGUAACUUCCCGAAUAUGGUUCAAAAUAACAUGCCAGGCAUGCUUGGUCAAAGUCAACCACCAAUCUCUAUGGCCAAUCAAAAUACACCUAUUGGCCAAAACAUGAUGCCUUCAGUGCAAGGACAAAUCUUGUCCCCGAUGUCAAUGAGCGGACAAAAUAAUUUGUCAAAAAUGGCUGGACAAAACGACAUACCAGCAAUGUCCGUGCAAAACACCUUAUCUUCACUGCCUAGUCAACACAAUAUUCCCGGAGGACAAGCUAACAUCACCAAUAUCCAAUCACCUCCUCCUCAGUCUAACAUGUCCAUGAUGCCUGGGCCUCAGAACAUUCAAGGACAAAAAAUCCAGACGCCACCAAUGCAGCUGACACAACUGGGAUCUUUACCGCACGGUCAAAUGCAGAAUCCGAACUUGCCGCCCCAUGGGGCCAUGCCUCCGACUAGCAAACCAGGUGGUAUGUUCGACCAAGGAAGCCCGAUGAUUGGUCCUAACGGCAUGCCAGUCAACCCCAACAGGGGUAUGCCUCCCCAUGGACUGUCUAUGGGGCAUCCUGCAUUGGGCGUGGGAAUGACCGGGCAUCCUGGAAUGAUGGGCAUGAUGCCUGGUCCAGACAUGCCGGGUUAUCAAACACCGAUAAGUCAUCAUCAAGAGAGAGCAGCCUUGCAGCAGCAAUUGCAGGAGAUGUAUUGUAUGCCACCAGGUCCAGAUCAUCAAGAGAAAAUCACUUUCCUUCAAGACAGACUGAAUAUUUUGAGCCAACACGAAGCGACCGAUCAAUGUAACGGAGGGCCACAGUGUAUAUUGCAAAGUCCAAUAUUCGCAUCGCCAAUGAUCGAUAGUCCUCAGGUCACCAGUACAACUGGUCGAGGUAGAGGAAAGGGUCCUCCAAAGCCGAGAAAGCCAAGAGCAAAAAAGGGCGAAAAAGUAGCAUCGCCGAUUCACAUGUCCCCUGUCAUGAACGUUAUGAACACGUUAAUGCCUAUAGGAAUACAGCCGCCUCAACAACUCCCUGUCUCUGAAGAUUUCGUAACACCAGGGGCUGGAUUGAGCAUACCCUCUGGUGAAAUGGCAGACAUCGGCAUAGAUCCACUUACGGGAGCACCAGAAAAAAAGAAGAAGGGUAGGAAACCUAGAGGUCCUAAUAAGACUAAAGAAAUGAUGAGAGAUCCCGGUGAACCGACUUCCCCGAAAGAAGUGAAAGCACCAAAGGAGCGAAAGAAAAGGGAACCGAAAGAUUCUAAAGAACCCAGAGUAAAGAGGAAAUACGUUAGGAAAAAGAAACCUGGCGAAUCUGAAGAAAGCGCUACCGAUGAAUCGUUCAACAAAUCUACCGAGAGCAUGGAUGAUUUGUCUGCUUGUCUGAUGGAAAGUAAACCUUCUGAAGAGGCGGAAGCUGAAGCUGAAGCUGAGGCCGAAUUAGAUACGGAAGCAGAAGCAGCAGUAGCUCCGCCCGACACCAAACAAGAAGAUCCAGACUCUCAGCCACAGCCUGAAAGUUCUGGUACAACCGAAGAAGAGCCCAUAGAAAGGCCCGAAGAAAUGCAGGCUGAUUCCCAAACACCCGCUGAAGGCGCCGCCUUGUCCGAGGUGGCAGAAGACGAACCCAAAAAGGACGAAUACAAUUUCGAGGACCAGCCUAGUCCGGAAAUAGAGGAACUCCCCAAAAGAACCAGAAAACCUAGGAACCAGAAGGAGAAGAAAGUCGUCCCGACCAAAACGAGAUCGAGACGCAGCGCCGGCUCUGGUCGUAGACGCAGAGGAACCAUCAUUCCCGAAUCCGAUCCCGAGAACGAGGAUAUGGUCUCGACCCCACCACCGUCGCCGCCUGAUGAUGGCGAAUGUUCGUCGAAACGUCGUUCGGCGAGAAACACACAACGGAAAAAGUAUAUCGAUGAUGUUAUGAUCAGGUUUUCCGACGACGACACUCCUGUCACGCCUACUAGAAACAGGAAGGCUGUUGUCCCUGCCGUACCACCUGUUGCCACCCCAUCGCGUUCGGAAUCUCCUCCCCCUCUGGCACCCACAGAUGAAACUACUUCCUCUUCAACAGAUCCAAAGAGUCAGAUGAACUACGUCUACGUGAAUACCACCGAGGAAGACUCUAUGGUCGUUCAGUAUGUUUUGUGCUCGAGAAUGUCUAAGCGUAAGAUGACUAAAGAACAAUUACUCAAGGAUAAAACUGUUGAAACGAAAGAUGAAUUGAAGGAGGAAAAAGAUGAUGAAACAUCCGACGAUGAAGAAGAUAAAACAACGAAGGUGGAAGAAAAGCCUAAAGUAGAAGUGGAAACUGAUAAAGGAGACAUUUUGGAAACGGUAGAUGUUGAAGAAUACUAUGUCAAGUAUCGGAACUUCUCUUACUUGCACUGUGAAUGGAAGACGGAGGAAGAAUUAUUCAAAGGCGAUAGGCGCAUAGCUAACAAAAUUAAAAGGUUCAAGCAGAAGCAGGCCCAGCAAAUGAACAUAUUCGAAAAUUUGGAGGAGGAACCUUUCAAUCCGGAUUAUGUUGAAGUUGACAGGGUGUUGGAUGUAUCUGAGCACACUGACGCGACGACAGGUGAGGUGGUGAAACAUUUCCUAGUGAAAUGGCGUGCACUGCAGUAUGAAGACUGCACUUGGGAGCUUGAGGAAGAUGUGGAUCCAAUAAAAAUUCAACUGUUCGAGAAAUUCAAUAAGGUGCCACCUAAAGAUACCUGGAAGCUGAAAAAGAGACCUAAUCCAGACCAAUGGACGAAAUUAGAAGCAUCUCCAAUUUAUAAAGGUAAUAAUAGCCUCAGAGAAUAUCAGCUUGAGGGUUUGAACUGGCUCUUAUUCUCUUGGUAUAACUCGAGAAAUUGUAUAUUAGCAGACGAGAUGGGUCUGGGUAAGACUAUCCAGAGUUUAACAUUCCUGCAUGCCGUGUGGCAAACCGGUAUCAGAGGACCCUUCUUAGUUAUAGCUCCGCUGUCGACAAUACCAAACUGGCAAAGAGAAAUUGAGAGCUGGACUGACCUGAAUGUUAUCGUGUAUCACGGUUCAUCAACCAGUAGAAACAUGAUCCAGGAAUACGAAAUGUAUUAUAAAAAUGAAAAAGGCACAUUCAUAAAAGACUUGACAAAGUUCAACAUUGUCAUAACCACUUUCGAAAUAAUCGUUACUGAUUCAGCCGAUCUCAAAGGAUUUAAUUGGAGAGUGUGUGUUAUAGAUGAGGCUCACAGACUCAAAAACCGAAAUUGUAAAUUGCUAGAAGGCUUAAGACAGUUGUCACUUGAACACAGAGUUUUACUAUCCGGUACUCCAUUACAAAACAACGUCAACGAAUUGUUCUCUUUGUUGAACUUCUUGGAGCCGACUCAAUUCCAAAAUUCAGAAAUUUUCCUUCAAGAAUUCGGUGCGUUGAGAACCGAAACGGAGGUACAGAAAUUGCAGUGCCUCUUGAAGCCCAUGAUGCUGAGAAGACUGAAGGAAGAUGUGGAGAAGUCGCUUGCUCCGAAAGAGGAAACUGUUGUAGAAGUAGAGCUGACUAAUAUCCAAAAGAAGUACUACAGAGGUAUUCUAGAAAGGAAUUUUUCCUUCUUAACAAAGGGUACCACCUAUUCAAACAUACCAAACCUGAUGAAUACCAUGAUGGAACUGAGAAAAUGCUGUAUUCAUCCCUACUUAUUGAAUGGUGCCGAAGAGCAGAUUGGUUAUGAUUACAAACAUCAACACGGUGAAGAUCCUGAUGCCUACUAUAAAUCAUUGAUAAACUCCAGCGGUAAAAUGGUGCUUAUCGAUAAACUGUUACCUAAGCUGAAGGCUAACGGGCAUCGAGUACUGAUUUUCAGCCAAAUGGUGAAAUGCUUGGAUAUACUAGAAGACUACUUGAUGUUCAGGAAAUACCCAUUCGAACGAAUUGAUGGAAGAAUCAGAGGAAAUCUCAGGCAGGCGGCCAUCGAUCGGUUCUCCAAACCUGACUCUGACAGAUUCGUUUUUCUUCUAUGUACCAAGGCAGGUGGUUUGGGCAUCAAUCUGACAGCCGCAGAUACAGUCAUCAUUUAUGACAGCGAUUGGAACCCACAGAACGAUCUCCAAGCACAGGCUAGGUGUCAUCGUAUCGGCCAGCAAAAAAUGGUGAAGAUCUACAGGCUGCUCUGCAGAAACACCUACGAAAGGGAAAUGUUCGAUAAAGCUUCAUUGAAGCUGGGUCUGGACAAGGCUGUACUACAGAGCAUGAACACUGCACAAGGAAAAGAUGCUGGCAACAGACAGCUCAGCAAGAAAGAGAUCGAAGAUCUCCUGAAGAAAGGAGCGUAUGGUGCUCUGUUGGACGAAGAAGAUGGCGACAAGUUUUGCGAAGAAGACAUCGACGUCAUUCUGGCCAGACGAACGCAAGUCAUCACAAUGGAGUCCGAGAAAGGUUCCACUUUCUCUAAAGCCAGCUUCGCCUCGAGCGCUAACAGAUCUGACAUUGCAGUAGACGAUCCAGAUUUUUGGAACAAGUGGGCCAAGAAGGCAGAAAUAGACACCACCGAGAAAGACGAAAGCGAGGAUCUGGUGAUAUCGGAACCUCGGAGACGAACGCAGAUCAAGAGGUACGGCCACGACGAGAGUGCCAUUGAUAUGUCGGAAUUGGAAAGUUCCUCAGACUCUGAUCCUGAGAACGAGGGGCUAGGCAUGGGAAUGAGAAGCAAGAAUAAGAAAUUGAGGAAGAGGAAGUAUAGACCCGAUGACUACAUCCCGAGGGAAGGCGAACCUAGAGGAGACAUUGUUUAUGGAAGCUGGGCUAGGAGAGAAUGUUUCAUGGUUGAAAGGGGACUACUCACUUUUGGAUGGGGAAGAUGGCAAGAAAUUCUGCUACACUCGCAGUUGAGGAAAGGUUGGAAGGAACAAGAUAUAGAGGACUGCGCUAGAGUGAUUUUGCUGUUUUGUCUGAGAUUCUAUAGAGGCGAUGAAAAAAUCCGGAGUUUCAUUUGGGAUCUGAUCGCACCUUGUGAGGAUGGUGGAGAACAGAAAAUAUCUAGAAAUCAUCAUGGAUUAAAAGAUCCGGUUCCCAGAGGAAUACGAAACAAACACAAGAAGAAAGAUAAGGGUAUUCUUUCUAAAGACUUGAGACAUCCUGCCAUAACAGAUCCGAAUCAUUGGAGUAAGAGUGAAAGAUACGAUGGUGAUAUAUUUCUGGAGAGCAACUACAAAAAGCAUCUUGGGAGGCAUGCUAACAAGGUUUUGCUGAGAGUGCGGAUGUUAUAUUACAUCAAACAUGAAAUAAUUGGUGACUUGGUGCAACACAUAGCUGACGGGGUACAUGCCAGUGCCCUGCCGAUUUACCCUCCCGUAACGGAGCAAUUACCUUGCAUUUGGUGGGAUGCGGAAUGCGACAGAUCCCUGCUCAUUGGCACUUGGAAGCACGGCUAUGAAAAUUAUACGGAGAUGCGUGUCGAUGCUACGCUAUGCUUCCUGGCCCGCUGCGGGCCGCCUUCAGACCGCGAGAUCCAGAUGGCGGCGACAAGUAUCGCGCAACCCCCUACGCCUGCACUCAACGAGGACGAAAACGAGGACGACGACACGAACGAGGAGUCCAGCGUCAAGGGCAAGAACAGGGACGCCUCGGAGGGCAACUCGGAGGCGGCAGAGCCCUCGCCGGGCCCUUCGGCCUCCUCGGAGACGCAGCCGAUGGAGGGGGAGGAGCGUGGCCUGGAGGAGGCCGAAGACAAGAGCUGGCCGACCAUCACCGACCUGAACACGAGGCUGCGGCGCGUCAUCACUUCUUAUCAGAGGAACUAUCGGAAGGAGGAGCAGAAAUUGGCAGCGAGCAAACAAAAGACGGCCGUGGAGGCGUCGGCGUUGGCGUCGCCGCUGGCGGCGCUCGCGCAGGCCUCGCACCAGUUCGACCCGAGGGACGCCGCGGCGCUGGGACUUCAAGGAUGGGACUUGCAGCAGCUGGCACUCUAUUUGCUGAUGGAGCGGCAAGGUAAGCAGGCCAUGGAGCAGGUGAUGCGAGAUCCGCACAAGGAGCGCGAGAAGCCGCUCUCCAUCUCGAAGCGUUGGACGAAGCGAGAAGAGGCCGACUUCUUCCGGGUCGUCUCCUCCUACGGCGUCAUCUACUACAGGAAGAAGAAGUCCUACGACUGGGCGAAAUUCAAGCAGCUGGCCAAGCUCGAGAAGAAGACCGACGAGGAGCUGACCGAGUACUACAAGCACUUCGUGAUGAUGUGCAAGAAGCAGACUGGGCUGAACAUCGAAGAUGGCAGCUACGACGGCACGAUCGAGCACGUCGGCGAAGAGAAGGCGAGGAGGACCUUGGAGAGGUUGGAAUUGCUGUCGAGGAUAAGGGAGGAGAUUUUGACGCACCCCAAGUUGGACGAGCGGUUGCGGGUGUGCGUGACGUCGGCGGAUAUGCCUGAUUGGUGGAUGGCCGGCAAACAUGACAAGGAUUUGCUGUUGGGAGUCGCCAAACACGGUCUUGGACGGACAGACUACUUUCUCCUUAACGAUCCAGACUUAUCUUUCCACGAGGUUCUCAGGAAGAAAGUCCGUUCCGAAACCCUAGAAAACAGAGAAGGAAUCAAACUAGAAAGCCACGAAGACAUCCUUAAAUUCGACAAAGACGAGAUCCUCGUGAAGCUGGAAAAAGGCGAGGGUACCCUGAAAAUAGAAAAAGUCGUCAAGAAAGACAACUCCGAAGAGAAAAAACCCGAAGACGAGAACAAAGUGAAUCUCACGAUAGUCAAGGCCGAUCAAGAAGCGCCUCAAGAAGAAACGAAAGACGAAGAAAAGGAGCCCGAGGAUGACGAGAAAAAAGCGGACGCGCCCGAAGAAGAAGAAGAGGAGGAAAAAGCCGAGGAGGAAGCUAAGCAAGAAGCCGAGGCGGUCGCUGACAAAGACCAGGAAUCGGAGGACCUUUCCAAGCCAAAAGACGAAAUGCUGAAGAAGAUGAUCGAGUCUGAGUCGGACUUGUGCUCGAAGCAGGCGGCUGAGCUGAAGGCAAUGUUCCCCGACUUGGAGGUUAUCCAGCCGCUCUCCCGGCUCUCGCAGGUCGACACUUUCGUGCUGCGUGACAAGCAGACAGGGGGCGCGCUAGACUUCAGCGAGACGACGGUAGCACAGCUUUUCAACACGGCCGUCAAGUGGCCCAAGGAGUACGCGAUCCAGGUCAGACUGCAGCACAUCAUCUACGCGGUGGAGACCAAAGAAUGGCCGGCCUCGAAGGCGUUCUCCGCCUAUGCGACGGGCAUCGGGAGCGAGUUCGAUGUGCCCAUCCACGAGUUGCCCGGGGAGGCGCCCAAGCGAGAGACCUCGACGCCCAUGUCGGUGGGGGAGCAGGACAUGAUGGCGUUGAGCGCGGAGAGGUACUCGACGGGCGGCAAGAAGCGCAAACGCCACAUCGCCAUUGACGUGGAAACGGAGCGCGCCAAACUGCACGCCCUUCUCAACAGCGCCCACCCCUCCAGCGCCGCCGCCGCCAACCCGACGUCGAGGCACGGCGCGCCGUGGGACAACGACGACUCGGAGGAGUCGUCGCGACGGUCGACACCGGGCCAGGGCGGGGGGCCGCAGCCGCCGCCCGCGCACCAGCAGGCUGCCCGCGUCGGCGCGGGCGGCAUGAAGAUGCCGUACGAUCUGCAGUACCACGCGGGGGCGGUGAAGACCAUCGGCCAGACCACGGUUAUACCGGGGACGAGCAGUACGCUCACGCCUAUCGACUUGAGUUCCAGCAUUCCGAAGAAUCCAUCUGAAAAAUCUAUGGACAUUCACAAUGAAGCACAAGAUUUUUCUGUGAAGAAACCUUCCACGCCCACACCCAAAGCUGGCAACAAACUAGAUGAUACAUUGUCCAAACUAAUGAAAAGAAAAAAUUGCCCGGAGCCGGAACAGCUGGUGGGCAAGGAGAAGAAGCGCAAGAAGCUCGACGAGAUCGUGUUGGGGCUGUCGGCCGCCAAGGAGCAGUCGCUGUUCCCGGAGCCGGCCAAGAAGCCGCCGGUCGCGCCCAGCGUCACCGUCACCCCCACCUCAGCCCCUUCUGCGGCUCAGCACAACCCCCAGCAGAAGCUAGAGCAGAAGCCGUUCACCAUAACCGUAACGUCGGUACCAUCGACGGUACCGUCGACCAGGAGCGGUUCCAUGCCGCACCUGCUGCCCUCGCUCUCCGGCACCAGCAAGGAGUUUUCGUCGUUCCUGGCGCAGGCCGAGCAGCAGAACAUGCUGCUGAAGAAGCAGCAGCAGCAGCAACAGCAGCAGCGCAAGAGCUACGAGGCGAUGAUCGCCGAUAUCGGGAAGGUGUCUGAUUUCAGUUCCAAGGUCAAUUCGUAUUCGCACGAAGCUAAGGUCAACAAGUGGCUGGCCGAGCAGAACGCCGCCCUCGCCGACCAGCCGUUGGGCGCCGGCGCAGAUUACCUGUCGCCGCGCAGGCGUCGGCCGCGCGUCGACCCCACCCUGCUCGACUGGAAGAAGCUGACGGGCGAGGAGAACGUCGCUGUCGUCCAUCGCGCCACCGGCAAGAAGCUGACGGGGCCCAAGGCGCCGACGCUGAAGCGGCUCGGCCAAUGGCUGAUGGAGAACCCGAUGUACGACAUCGAUCCCAAGUGGUCGGAGCUGGUGAAGGAGCGCGGGAAUUUGGGCCACGAUCUGCAGAAGCGGGUGCCAGGUCAACCCAGCGGCAGCGGCGGCCCCAAAUCCAAGUCGAACAUGCCAUCGGGCCGCCCCCCGCUGCUCGCUAGCCCCACCGGCUCCACCUCCAGCGUCAGCUCUGCCAACCUAGUCACCUCCAUGCCCUCGAGCAUGUCCUUCCCCUCUCUGAGCACCUCCACCCUGGCGGGCCUCAACUCGAAUCUCCUCUCCGGACUGUCCGGCCUCGGGCAGUUUGACCCCAAGUCCAACCCGCUCCUGAUGCCCUUCGCCGGCCUGCCCAACAUGGGCGCCCUUGGCUCGAUGGGCGGCCUCGGCAAUCUCAACAACAUGAAUCUGUUCGCCAAUCUAGCGGGCCUGGGACUGCCCGGAUUGGGCGGUAUGGACCCCGGCGCGUCGGCCGAUCUCUCGAAGAAUCUUUCCAAGUCGGGCGCUGGCAAGUCGGGCAAGCCUCAGGAGGCGCACAGCUCUAGCAAGGGGCAAAGCGGCUCGAACAUACCGACUUCGAAUCCCUUCCCGUUCUUCUUCCCGAACCCCAGUUUGCUGUACACUCCCAUCGGGCUCGGGGGGUUGAACCCUUUCACCUUGCAGCCGGGCAUGUCUGCGGCUUACGAUUCCUUGGCGCAGCAGUGCGGUUUGUUGAAUGGAGGCAUGAACCCUGCUGCGUCUCCCACCAGCGGAUCGAAGACGGGCAAAUCCUCCACGCAAAGCAGAUCCUCGUCUGUCACUAGCAUGUCUUCGAGUCAGAGCAAGGCUCCCAGAAUGUCCAGCAGAGACGCGCAUCUGCAACAGCUGCUGCUGCCUCCCGACACUCAAAUCCUCGAGAGCAUCUCGAAAGCCGCGAGUAGCUUAGACAUCACCUUGAAACAAAGCAAGAGUGACAAGAAGGAGGACAAGCGGAAAGCUUUGGAGAAUCUCAGAGGCAUGCUGCCCACGGAUUUCUCCAAUCCCAAAGACAAGAAAACACCCAGCCUGCCCGGCCUGGCAGACUUCACCAAACUGCUCGAGGCUCAAGUCGGCCAGACGAGCAUGAAAAAAUCGCACGAGCAACAAAUGAAGGAAGCCUUAGAGCACUUCAGCAGAACGAACGCCGAGUUGAUGGCCAAGGCCAUGGCCGAGGAACAGAGCAAGUACAUGUCGUCGGCGAAGCGGCCCAGAGAGUCCGCCGAGUACAUGGACAGGCCCAUACCGCCCGAGGACGACUACGUGCCACAGCCCGCGAAACGGAUGAGGGAGUCUGCUGAUAAAUCGCGAACGCCCACUCCCGCGCCGACCACACCUACUCCGGCGCCGACCACGCCUACUCCGGGGCCGAGCACGCCCACCGCGACCACGCCUACUCCGGCGCCGACCACGCCCACUCCUGUUCCGGUGCCGGCGACUGGGCUGUGCGAGCAGGAGGGCGUCGAUAUAGAGACGCUGUUGCCGCCAUCAACUGUGGUCAAGUCGAGCAGCUUGAGCCCCGAAAAGAGUGAGCGCGACAUGAAGGAGGGGAGUCCCGAGUCUGAGAGACAGGCUGAUGUUUCUGUGGAAGGUGAACUGGAACCGAGCGAGGAAAAGGCCUCCGACCCCACCGCCGCCGUCGAGGCCCCCGCCAAACCCGAGUCGGCCAGCGGAGAGGAAACGGAAUCCGCCCCUAAGAAGAACCUGAAGCGGCGCGGCAAACGCAGGUCCGGCGAAGCGUCCGUGCUCGACCCCGAGUCGGUGAUGGCGAAAAAGAAUUUGCGGUCGAGCGCCAGUCGAUCUGCCGCCGCCGCCGCUGCCCGCCACCGCAUGGAGGCGGAGAACGCGCAACGCGACAGCGAGAACAGCGGCGCGUAAGUGGGGGUCGCGAACGGGUGAUGAGCGGGUUUCCUUCGAGUGACGAAUGACGUUUCCUAGGGUUUUGGAAUGAGCCAUAGUGGAAGGAGACCUUCCACUAUGGAAUGAGUGUAUUGUUCGUGUCAAACCCUGACAUAUAUUCUAUCUAGACAGCUAGAAGCUAAUCCCAGCAUACCCAGAAACUCGCUUCUGCGCAUUGCGCUGGAAAUCCGAAUAUGUCAUUCAUGACUUCAAUGUGAUAUUAAAAUCAGGCAAGUGACUAUUUUGUUUAUAGUUGUCCGCAUUCAAAUAUCCAGUGAAGUGAGGAAGACCCUCCGAUUUCCCUACAAUCGCAAAAGUGGCCCAAAUUCAUGAGUUUUACAUGAUGGGUCCUAAAUGCGAUCUCGUAAAUGGCAUAGCUUCUGUCUUAUGGCAAUAGCGGUCUAGAUAGUAUAAAUGUCAGUGGUGUCACCGUUCAUGGCGUGUACAGGGUGUUUAGUUUUUGAUGCUUAUGCGUGAUAUCUCAGUUAUCUUUGGAGAUAGAGUGUUGCGGUUUUCUCGGUCCUGUGCCACUUUUUCGUGAAACUCAAGAUGGCCUAAUUAGAUUCUGCAUAACUGUUUCAGUUUUGUUUUUGGACCCCCUCUCUAUGAGAAUCUUAUCCCAUAAAGAAUUUCACGCAGAAAUCAGUGGCGCUCUAUAUUUUUUUUGGGGUAUGGUUUCGGAGAUACGACUGGAACUUAUGAUUUUUCAAAUGGAAUACCCUGUAUUUUAUUAGCUCAUUGAAUUUUUUUUUUCACCAAAAUGAUAUAUCAUGAUCUAUGAAUAUAAAAUUUUCCAUAAUACUCCAAAAUCACUAAAACAUCAAAUUCAAAUAGAAGUUUGAAUUUUUCAUAUAAAAAAGUUACAAUUGAAGGAAUAUUUUCUUUGAUUUUUCCAUGAAGAAAACAAAAACAAUACAAACACCAAUUAACUAACACAGCACAACUUAGGUACCUAAUUGCAACAAAUAAAUAGUAAUAUAAAGAACAUAAUGUAAAAUAAGCACCUGAAUAAAUAUUUAUAUAUUUCGAAAUUAUUCAUUAGCUUAUUCAUUGACUUUUUAUCACAAUUCAUUUGCUGCUAUCAGGUACCUAAUUUUUGUAUUUUGAAGGGAAAUCAAUAAGGAAUUUGAUGAGCUUAUUGAAUACAGGGUGUUCUGUUUGAGUUUGAGUCGUAUCUCCAAAACCAUAACCCAAAAAAAAUGAGUGCACCACUGGAUUCUGCGAAAAAUUCUUCACGGGAUAAGAUUUUGAUUUGACAUUUUCGCUGAGAAACUUUUUUCAUAUAAAGUGGGUCCAAAAAGUAUAAAUUUACAAGAUCGCCCUGUAUCUCAUAAACGGAAACAGUUAUGCAAAAUCUAAUUAGGCCAUCUUAUGUUUCACAAAAAAGUGGUACAGGACCGCGAAAACCACAAGGUUCAAUCUCCAAAGAUAACCGAGAUAUAACGCAAAAGCAUCGAAAACUGGACAACUACUUUUACCUCAGAUCAACAAGGAACUUCAGGUGCAAGUUGCCAAACUGCGGGUAUGUUAUCGAAUGUUUAUACAUCUUGCUGAUAUGUUUUUAUGUCCAUUCACUUCAGGUAUUUGAUUUGAGCAUGCAGUAAUCACAAUGAUUCCCUUCUCAAGUGUGGUGGGUCAGCUGCAUAAAUAGUUUUCAAUAGUACAUGACUUCUACUUCGUCCAGCCACCUUGGCUGCUUACUUCUAACUAACUACUAAAUGCUAAGUAUUCCAGAAUCUGGAAGAGCAAAGGACAUGAAUACAAAAUACACCCACAAUAGUGCUGACAAUCGUUUUGAGGCAAGCCGACGUACUCGCUAAAUUUAUCACUUUUCUACACAGACUAGUACAUUGUUGCCAAUUCCCAACAAAAGCAUUAUAGGUAUAGGUACCAGUACAUAUUGGGACCCAAGUUAUAUUACACAUGGAAGUCACACAGACCAGCACUUGACGUCGCAAAAUAAAACCCCUUGAAAUGGUCUGCACUGAUUUUGGUGCUUUCUAACCAGUCCGUUAAUCUAUAUUGUCGACUGCGCAACUGUCUGAUAUAUUCGAAAGGAAUAUUCAAAAUGCAAUCGAAUCAUUGAUUAUUAGGUUGAAGCGGGUUGAACAUGUACUUCAAAUGGGACACUGGGACGGAAAGCUCGUUCUAUGUGUACGACUGCCGGGACUGAGUGACAUGUGUAAUUUGUUCCAUAUUUAGAACGGUAGGCCUCAGGAAGAUAUAGAAACUAUCAGUUUCUCGUUGUUCUAUGAAUUGUGUUAUUACUAGAAAACGAGAUAUUUUCAAAGGUUUCGAUUUGGAAAAUAAUUAUCUAGCAGAGCCGAAAAAAUUAAAGAACCUCUAUAAAUAGCACAUCACUGCAUUAGAGGUGACAUAUUGUCUUGUCUCUGCAUCCUUGUUGAUCUAAGGUACUAUCCCUUUCUCUUUAAAUGUCAUGUGGUGAUGACGUAAUCGCCAAGAACGGUGACUUGAACUGUUGUAAUCUUUGUAUUUUAAAGGUGGCAUACUUCCAUGCAUUACAUCUAUAUACAGUGUUGUCCUUGAACCAACAUCAAAUGGUUUUUUUUAGUAGUUGGUUUACACGAAUUUAGGAGUGAACAUUGAAGUUACAGUGUUUCAUAGCUUUUCUGAAAAUAUGAAAAAGUUUUGCUUUCCAUUCUACUGGCUAAGAUCAAAGUAUAGCUUCAUCAACUAGUAAAAUGAAAAAAAUAUGUAAUUUCGCAUAUUUGUAUUUUUGAAUAUCCAAUCAAAAAUAGUUUCAAACAUAUAGUGAGCAGUUACCUCUCCCAAUGGUCUUCCAGUUUUUUGUUUGUAUAUGCCAAAAAAAUUGUUGAAAAAAAUCGCUACAAAAAUUCAAAUUAUUCAAAUCUGGAAGGUGGAAUGAAACAAAAAAAAAACAUUUUUUGGAUCAACUUUGACUUUUUGGUAAAGAAUGUAAAAUUUCAAGGUGGUUGCAUUAUUUUCAUAGUCAAACAGUUCUAUGAACACCAAAUUCGCGUAAACAACAUAAUGAAAAAAAAAUCUCUUUUGAUGUGAACGUUAUAAGAAUUCGUGUUAUUUCAACACUGACAUCUUGAAAUUCGCUACAUCCAUUAUACACAUUCUUCUUAAAUUAUUUUCAGUUCUACUCCUAAUAUAGGGAGUUGUGAAAUAUCAUGGUUACCUAUCCCUAUACCAACUUGAAUUAUCUUAUUCAAUCGACAUUAUGACCACGUUUGCUCUGUAAUGAAUUUCAAGUCUUUGUUGUAAUUUCAACGAUAUUAUUGAAUCGCCCUGUAUAAUUUUCUUUGGAAACGUUGAAAUUUCGAUGUAUUGGGAACUCGCUCAUUACAACAAGGCGUGUGGGUAUUCUGGUGAACUGUGAUACAACUAUUCGAGAAACGCUUCUGAAGUGUUGUGUGGUGUAUAUUGUAAGGAAACUGAAGAUGAUUAAUAUUACGCUUGAAAAACGCAUGUAUUCCCCCAACGGUCCGAUCGGUGAAUGCCCAAAAAGAGGGUUCACAUAGAAAUCCAAAUAUGGUUCUCAAAACACCUAGGGCAAGUACUCAAAAUUGUUUGACAACCUUCAUUAUCUGAAUUAUUGUUGGUGUCUAAGUGGUGCACUAAAUAGGGAUAUUUCAUUCACUUUACCCGUCAUGGUCAAAGCUGAUUAUUGUGUUCAACAGUGACGUCAUUUCCGUUUGGGUACACCUCCCCUACCUGCCUUAGGCUUCACCAACUCGAUAGUUGGUGAAGGUGAAACGUGAAUAUUUGUUCACAAUAAUUGAUGAAUGUGAAAAAUGGAGGAUAUAUUAAGCGAACAUCCAAAUUAAUAAUGAAUGGAGGCAGUGGAUAUUGAAGUGGAGAUACAUGGGGAAACUGUGGUAAUGGGUAAAGUGAAAGAAAUAGGAUUUCAAAAAUAGUUAAUGUUGACGUCAUUAUGACGUAGUUGUCUCCCACCACCUUCACCGAAAUAGUCUAACCGUGUUAAAUGUAGAAUGAAAUAUCCCUAUAGUGUUGAAGACCUGUACAUUUAAUGAAACCUUUGCUCUUAUAUGGAUGUCGUACAAGUUCAAGUGGUCAAAUGAAAAAACAUUGUGAACAGUUCAAACGAACCAUACACAACUUUGAAUUCAUCAAUCUUACUGGAUUUCUGUGUGAAAACCGUUUACUGGCUGGACUACAAUUUUAUGGAUUAACAAUACUUAGGGUGUAAUUAUUGACAUCUAGUAGGCUUAAAAAGAACGAUUUUGUUAUGAUUUUGCCGGAUUUGCACAGAGCCAAUCUCCCUAGAGUACGACUUCAGAAAUUAUUGGGAUUUAUGACAUUUGCAGGCGUUGCAGUCAUUAGAUUUCAAAAUUUUUCACUGGGUACCAUUUUCAGAUAAUGCAUUUUUGUAUUAACACUAAAAAUUGAUGAUACUUACAGUAUUGGUUGACCCUUUUAAGAAGAUAAGUAAUGAGAAUUGAGUUCGUUAUUUACUAAAAUCCUUCAAUAAUUUUCUACCCCUACAUUCUGCUUGCAUUUUCAUUUUGUUUAACCAAAAAAUCACAGUUGCACAUUAACAAAUUCCAUAAACAUCCUGUGGAGUGUGGACUGUGGGUGCAAUUAUCUUCUCCUGAAGUACUUUACUUCAUAAUUAUUAUUCAUUUUAUUUUUACAAUUUACAAUCCCUUUUAUUCAGCCUCUAUACAUUUUACAUAAUGUAGUAAUUCAUUUUGAAUUUGAAGAAUAACUUUGUUUUUAAUUUACUAAAGACUGUUUACCUUAUUGGUUGCUUUUUACUUGAUUAUUAUUUAAGCUGAUUUCUCUAGAAAUUUAUUUACUUUACAUCUUUUACGAAAUGGCGAUUUACAUUUUUAUUUUAUUUUCUGGAGUUGUUUGUUUUUUUUUCCUCUAGAGAAAAUGGCCUGAUGAUAUAGACUCGAAUGCUAGGAGAUGCUUCAAUAUGAAUUCCUUCCCCAUUCUAUAUUUUCAGUUUCAAGUGCGAUAUUUGAUGCGUCUCCUAAUCAGAAAGUUGACUUAAUAAUACACAUGAUAUUUUGAUUCUGAUUUUCUACAAUUUGUAUAUAAUUAUUAUGUUUAGGCGAUAUGUCUUGAUCAUUUUUGAAGUGCAGUGUGACGAGUGUAAAUAAAUUCUAGUGUAUUUUAGUUUUCCUUUUUUUAUUCGAUGUUUGUGAAAUAAAAAAGAAACAUCAUAUUUAUUUUAGUUUUCUACUGUCCUGGCGUAUUUAUUUUAGCUGCAUUUGCGAGUUUAGACGAAAGCCAAGCCCUACUAGAUCUGUUGUCCUCAUAUACAACGUGUACACGUAUCAUAGUAGCUCUCUGAAUUAUUGUUUGUUAUAAUGUUCAUAUAGAUAAUUAAAUAAUAUGAAUGAAAUCAUAUUUUCUUUCACAUGGAACAUUGCCGCAUGAACAGGAAAUAUUCCGCGAAUAAUACCAAGAAUGAAUCGACCAUUUUCCCCAACUUCUAAGAAAAAUAACUCAUUAGGCCUGUCCGUUUGUGCUUGCUCUACCUGCUGAACUUGAUUUUUUUCUAUUACUUGUUUUAGAGGCAACUAUGGGAAAAAAUUUAUUUAAUUUAGCAAGUAUAGCACUACAAAGGAGCAGGGCUAUUGCUUAAAAUGGGUCACGUCGUA